AUGCAGAUCUUUGUAAAGACCCUAACAGGCAAGACCAUCACCCUGGAGAUGGAGCCCAGUGAUAUCAUCGAGAAUGUGAAGGCUAAGAUCCAGGAUGAAGGAGGCAUUCCCCCUGACCAGAAGAGGCUCAUCUUUGCCAGCAAGCAGCCAGAAGAUGGCCGCAUUCUUUCUGACUACAACAUCCAGAAAGAGUGGACCCUGCAUCUUGUUCUUCACCUGAAGGGUGGUUGUUAA